GUUUCCUGAAGAAGAGGAGGAGGCUGCACAAUGUAGGCCGGCUGCUCUCCAGCGGGACUCCAUACUGUUCUCUGGGGGACCAUGGAGCCAGAAGGACCCCUAACCCCAGGGACCAGCUAUGGGCCCCCACCCUUCAACUCAGCACAAACCUUCCUCAGCUGCACCUUACAGUCUUCGUGCUCUCCGAAUGCGAGAGAUGGGCUGAAACGCUCGUGGGGUCGAGCUGGGGACGAGUGCUCCGCACAGGCCGAGGAGUCUCAGCCCGCCGCAGACCCAGGGAGGAACGCACAGAGGAGAUUCAGGUCCUCGGCCUUCCCUUCCUCCCUGAGCUGGGACUCUGACUCAGAGAAAGAAACACAAGAUGAGGAGGAGCUACAGCACUUUUCUAACCCUCAUGGUCUGGCUGCUCACAGCCCAGGAUCUCCUUCUUCUGGACUCAGACUUGAUAGUGAGGAUGACCCAGAACCUGAAAAACUGCAGCACUUGCAGAGUAAAAUGGAUCCGUUUCCCCCUGAGGAGCACGAUGACACCAAUGAGAGCACAAAGACAGAAGAGUCGAAUGCGGCUCAGCUUGGCCGAGCAGAAUUGGCAGACAGCAAAGUCUGGAAUGUAUCUGAGGGAGCUGAGCUGUUUCUGGCCAAAGUAAAACCAAAGGGAGGAUGCCAAACGGAGGAGGAGGACGAGGGUGAUGACAGAGACAAGAGGCCCAAGGGAAAAGACACCAAUGAGUCUGAGAGAGAUGUGUACACCUUCCCAGGGGACUCCGACCCUGAGAGUCCCCCUCCUGCCCCCUGGGCCCAUUGCACAUUCAUUCAGCGGUGCAGAAAGAAGAGGGUGCUGCUCAGGCCUUUCUCCGGACUUGGCACCCUGAAGCGAGCGUUGCCUGAGAUGGGCCACAAGGCGGGACGAGAGAGUCUCCAAAAGUCAACGUCCUCAGAGAUGGCACCGCUGAAUCCAGGGGGAGGGGUGUUUGAUUUUGAGGAGGUGGAGGGGCCGGUGGAGGAGCCAGAGACACACAGAGACGGACGAGGGAAAGACGACGUGAAAGAAGAAGAGAGCGGGGUGGAGCUCGGGAAAGAAAUUUUCACCUGUGUUGAAUGUAGCAUUUAUUUCAAGAAGCAGGUUCAUCUGCAGGAGCACAUGGUCGAGCACUGUCAGAGCGGGUCAGGGGGCGGCCGGCGUUUGGGAAAGAGCGCUCGUUUCCGGUGCAUCGAGUGUGGAUGGAACCUGCAGAACCGGCUCGCUCUGGCAGACCACCAAAAAAGGCACCAGGAGUCCCGCGUGAAGAUCCUGGAGGAGAUUGAAAAACUCAAUGAAAACGGAAAAGCAAGAGAGAUUCAGACACUGGACGGUAACGCGGUGAAGAAUAUCAGUCAGGUCUCGGUUCAUUUGCAAGAUAUAAGCUCCAAAAUCGUCACAUCUCCACCUCUGUCCCCAGCCUCAACUCCAGAGGCCGACCCCGCCGCUGUUCCCUCUGAUGCAACUCAUCCAAAUUCAGUUCGAUCCCCAGCUCACGGCCGCGCUGUCUCCGCCUACCGCCGUCGCUUCAUCUGCCCCAAGUGUAACUUCAGCACAAGAACGUCCCAGGCGCUGGCCAAUCACUCAAAGACCCACAACAAGAAAAGAAACCAGGUGGACUCGUCUCCUCCUGGGUCACCGCUACGUCUCACGUCCUCCUCCCUGGCCUGUGGUCACUGUGCCUUCCAGACCUCAAGUGAAACCGUACUGAGGGAACACCACAAACUUGCACAUCCAGGACAGUUCUCCGACGACGAGACUGGCCACAGUUCUAAGCCUGUCGCCGGGUCCGAGGACGGCACAGCAUCGGACGGUGCCGUGGCUCGGCCCGCGAGCCUGGUGGUGUUCAAGUGUGUCGGGAACAGGAGAUUCAGCAGGAGAGGGAAGACCUGGACGGAUCCGGCCACGUUUUCUCACAGGGCGGACGACGACACGCGGCCCCGGAGUGAAGAAGAAGAGCAGAAUGAAUAUCUGAGCACAGAGCUUGACACCGAGGCGUCAGAGCAAGAGGCCAGCUCACCUGGAGGAGUGAAGCGUUUCACUAGGGCUCGAUCCGACACAGACGACUGUUCAGCACAGCAGAGUCCGACAUUAUCUCCUCCGCCGAAGAAGAAUGUGAAGAACGAAGGCGACCAGGAGGCUGAGAAAGACGGAAAGGUCAUCAUAUUGCGGAGGAGCACCCGGGUUACCGGCGCCGCUGCAGAAAGCGACAGUGACGACGACACCGACGAGGAGCGCGUGAGGCGUUUCCUGUCGGAGGGCAUCCUGGACGAGGAGAAAGACGACAUCGAUGAGGACUUUGAGGCGCUGAAGAGCGUGGAGAGGAAAUGCCCCUACUGCCCGGAUCGAUUCCAUAACGGCAUCGGGCUCGCCAAUCACGUGAGAGGCCACCUGAACCGAGUGGGCGUCAGCUACAAUGUGCGUCACUUCAUUUCCCCCGAGGAGGUCAACGCGAUUGAGAGGAAGUUCUCCUAUCAGAAGAAGAAGAAAAAAGUUGCCAACUUUGACCCGGACACGUUCAGCGUGAUGCACUGCGAGUUCUGCAGCGCCGGCUUCGACACCCGGGCCGGCCUGUCCAGCCACGCCCGCGCCCACCUCCGCGACUUCGGCAUCACGAACUGGGACGUCACCAUCUCGCCGAUCCACAUCCUGAGGGAGUUGUUCUCCAGCAGGCCCGACCUCGUGAUCCCCACGGCUCCCCCCCGCAGCCUCGUCUCCCCGCAGGAGGAGGACGAGGAGGACGAGGAGUGGGAGGGGAUCACUCAGGUAAAGCUGGAGGGGGAGACGAGUGAAAGGUCGCUGAGUGCUGCCAUUUCUGACGCGGAGCCUCCGGCCUCUCCUCCACCCUGGAAGAAGGACGGGGGAGAAGAGUGUGACG